AUGACAUCUCUCAACCCAUCCCAUAAUCCAUUCAGCUCUUCUGCUCAAGCGAUACAUCACACCACAACAGAAGAUGAUGAAAAGCCAUCAUCUUCAUCAUCAUCAUUUCCAGAUAGUCUACCUACUGUGAGAGAACAACAUCAUCAUCAUGCUGAUCAUCCCAAAGCAACGAAGGAAGGUAGGAAAAGGGUAAAACAGGCUUUACCUAUUAUACCUGACUUGAGAUUCGAGCAGUCAUAUCUCCUCUCCAUCAGACCUUUUUUGACUCCAAGACCAACCGCUGAAGGAAAAGCCGAAAAAGGUCCUAUCGAAAAAGGCAAACCCAGUGGAACCCUAGUCACUUCCUCAGAAGAGGACAGAGUGUUUCACUGGGGUAGGGAAGUCGAUGUUGAAUGGAAAAAAGUUGUUUGGGUAACUUUACGUGAUCAAAUAGUAUCCCCACUCGUUCAAGGUGCUUUGUGGGGAUGGGCAACCAUAUUCUUAGCUUCUACAGGGGCGGUUCUCAGAGCGAAUCUUUAUCCUGAAAGUCAUAUUAGAAGAGGUAGGAUAACGGGUGGUCCAGGUGGAGGAAUCAAUCAAGCUGGAGGUGGAAAAGCUGUUGGUCAAAGUGGUUGGUGGAAGAAUUGGGUUGGAAGUUUAUUCGGCGGCGUACAAACUGCCACUGUAUGA